ACACUGUCUUUUAGCUUUCGUUUCAUUUAGUCUCUCUUUCUUUCUCUCUCUAGUGAUUAAAGGAUAGGUAGCAGCCACAAAUAUCCACUAUCCCAAAACACCAAACCUUCUUUGAAAAAAAGAGGAAACAAAAAAAUGGAGUGAUUAAUUCGAAUCUUUAUCGAAUUAGGACACUUUGUUACCCCAUUUUCGUUUGAAUCAAUCAGGUUAGGUGAUCUGUGCUUGUUUUGGGUUUACGAUCUUUGGGUCGUUGGUAUCUUUCUGUGAUUUCGGAGCUUGUAAAAUCACUGGUUUUUUGUCAUGGAAGAUAAGCAGUCGGUUGCAACACUCAUAGACUCAACAACUACUAAGAUACAGCAGCUUCAGAAAGCAUUUGCUGAACUUGAAAGUCAUCGUGCUGUAACACUUAAUCUGAAAUGGAAAGAACUUGAGGAACAUUUCCAUGGGCUUGAGAAGUCCUUGAAGAGACGCUUCCAUGAAUUAGAAGACCAAGAAAAGGAGUUUGAGACAAAAACUAGGAAAUCUCGAGAAAUGUUGAAGAAGCGUGAAGCUGCUGUUGUUGCUAAAGAACAAGCUUCACUAGUGAGGUUACAAGAAAAGAGAGAUGCUGCUGUUUUUGCCAUUAGUAAUGCUCUAGAAAAGCAUAGGAAAGUAUCACCUGAGGAGCCUGCUGAUAGCUGUGAUGGAGACAGCGGUGAACUGUCAGUUGAGGAGAAACCACCUGAUUCUGUAGCUUCCGAAAGUAACUCAGAGGAUAUAAAAUGUUCUUCUGAAAAUGGAAAUUUCGGGGUGAAAUCUUAUCCCCAAUUGGUAAAAAUUUGUGAAGAGAUGGACUCUGAAGGACUACACAAGUUUAUAUCAGAUAAUCGCAAGAACCUUGCUGCCUUAAAGGAGGAAAUUCCUUGGGCGUUGAAGGCUGCAGCAAGCCCAGCUUAUUUGGUCCUGGAAUCUUUGAAAGGAUUUUACCUUUUAGAAGCACCAAAUGUGGAUCGAAAGAAAGAUUCAAAUCUACUGGGUCUUAGGCGAACCUGUAUUAUGUUGAUGGAAUGUCUUAGCUUUUUGUUAAGGAAUAUGGAUAUGGUUUCUGUUUCUGCUUUAAUCUCAGAAGAUGUUAGGGGGCAAGCAAAGUUAAUUGCUGAGGAAUGGAAACCAAAGUUGGAUGCUCUUGACAUGGAUGCUAGUAAUGGUAAUUCAUUGGAAGCUCAUGCAUUCCUGCAACUUCUUGCCACUUUUGGUAUUGCUUCUGACUUCAAUGAGGAAGAACUGUCAAGGCUGAUACCAAUGGUCUCUCGUCGUCGUCAAACAGCUGAUCUCUGCCGGUCUCUUGGUUUGUCUGAAAAAAUGCCAGGUGUAAUUGAAGUUCUGGUGAAUAAUGGAAGGCAGAUUGAUGCAGUUAAUCUGGCUUUUGCAUUUGAUCUUACAGUGCAGUUCUUGCCUGUACCUUUACUGAAGGCCUACUUGAAGGAGGCAAGAAAAGCUUCUUCACCUGUUAAGCCUGGAAAUUCCUCUUCUACUGCUCAGAUUGAGUUUAGUGAGCGAGAGUUGGCAGCUCUGAAGGCUGUGAUCAAGUGCAUUGAGGAGCAUAAUAUUGAGGAGCAAUACCCUAUUGAUCCACUUCAGAAGCGGGUUCUCCUAUUGGAGAAGGUUAAAGCAGACAAGAAGGGAUCAACUGAAGCUGCAAAGCCUCAAACAAAGAGAGCUCGUGCCAAUGGUGCAGGAUAUGGUCCACGAGUCACUAACGUAGCUGCUGACAAACCAUUCUAUUCUAGAACCACUGAUAGGUACCCGCAGUACGUUUAUGACAGACCCUAUGUUUACUCCGGACCUGCUGACAACCACGGCCCCGCUCUUCUUGGUUCUGCCACCUACAACUUCUCUCCAAGUGGUAACUACUUCGGCUACCAGUAUCAGGUUCCCUAUCUUCACUAAUUUCCCAAAAAAUGGCAAAAAGGUGACUGUGAUCCUCUCACAUUAACUAUUAGCCUUAACCUUCCAUGUUGCAGUGUACGAAUGAAUUUAGUAUUAAAAAACCAACAAAAAAAAAAAAAGGAAAAAAAUGCCUUGUUAGUUUUAAUAUGUUGUACAAGAAGAUAUUUUGAUCCUCUAAUAUAUGCACUCUGUGUUUGUAUGUA